AUGCCCGCGCGCCGGCGUCCACCCGCGGGGUCGCGUACCGAGCUCCCUCCGCUCAAGAUCAUUCGCAAGAUCUUCUUGCUGCAGGCUGCAUACUAUGUCUGCGCGACGGUGCUCAUCUUGUUUACGACGGUCGUGUACGGCGCGCCAUUCUCACUAGAUCUGGUAUUUGGCUGGGACACUAUACGCGGCGAUACGACCAUUGGAUGGAUGCUGGGCCUGGUUUGGAUGUUGAAUUGUUUCGUUAGCGUCAUUUUCCUCCUUCUGUUCGUUUCCCGGUCGAAAUUGGUCCCGGAUUUCGCUUUGACGAUUCACUUCCUUCAUCUUGUGACUACAAUUGUCUACACCCGGUCUAUUCCGUCCAACUUGCUCUGGUGGGGUCUUCAAUUCGCCAGCGCGGCUAUGAUGAUCUUCCUCGGCAUGUGGGCUUGUCAAAGAAGGGAACUCGAGCCCAUUAAGUUUGGCGGGCAUGGCGGUAGCAGUCAAGCUAGUUCGUCUCAGCCCUCUGGUGGCGAUGGCCAGGCAGAUUCCAGCUUCAGUCGAGGACGGGGCCGAGAACGCAGCUUGCAGGAAUAUGAAAUGGAUGAUAUGAAUCGCAAGGGCGAUCAUGCUGUAUGA